GCCGCCGCCGCGACCCCUCGUCCGUCCCAGCCGAAACCCCUCGGCGCCCGUCCGCCUCCUCCCGGAUCUCCCCGGCCGCCGCCCGAGCGCCAAGAGCGUAUUGACGACCAAGGGGCCUUGAGAGAUAGGAUAUACUGGUACACACAUUGGCAUGUUAAGAAGAAGCACUGGAGCUACUUGGUGUAGCUAUUAUCGGACGUGCACUACGCCGUUAUCCGCGACAUUGUGAGUAGUUACUGAAGUUACGUCUGUAAUCUGUUUCCAACCUUAUUAAUUCUGGACCUGGUGCAUUCGCAAAGAUGGGAGUUUACCUUAGUACCCCCAAAACUGAGAAGCUAUCUGAAGAUGGGGAAAAUGAUCAACUUAAAUUUGGACUUUCAUCUAUGCAAGGGUGGCGUGCGAGUAUGGAAGAUGCUCAUUCAGCCUUGCUAGAUAUCGAUGAGGACACAUCAUUCUUCGGUGUUUUUGAUGGACAUGGAGGAAAAGUGGUUGCCAAAUUCUGUGCAAAAUAUCUACACAGGGAAGUUCUCAAAAGUGAAGUUUAUUUAGUUGGUGACCUGGGAGCUGCUGUCCAUGGAGCUUUCUUCAGAAUGGAUGAGAUGAUGCGGGGUCAAAGAGGCUGGCGAGAACUACAGGCACUUGGAGAUAAAAUAAACCAGUUUACUGGCAUGAUAGAAGGGCUGAUCUGGUCUCCGAGAGGCAGUGAUUCAAAUGAUCGACAUGAUGAUUGGGCUUUUGAGGAGGGACCUCACUCUGAUUUUAGCGGGCCAACCUGCGGGAGUACAGCCUGUGUUGCAAUGAUAAGGAAUAGUCAACUUGUUGUGGCAAACGCCGGAGAUUCUCGCUGUGUUAUCUCAAGGAAUGGCCAGGCAUAUAAUUUAUCAAGAGAUCACAAACCAGAGCUUGAAGCGGAGAGAGAACGGAUAUUGAAAGCAGGGGGUUACAUCCAAAUGGGACGAGUAAAUGGAACCAUAAACUUGUCAAGAGCAAUUGGAGAUAUGGAAUUUAAACAGAAUAAAUUCUUGUCUCCUGAUAAGCAAAUGUUGACAGCAAACCCUGACGUAAACACUGUGGAGCUUUGUGAUGAUGAUGACUUUCUUGUUUUAGCAUGUGACGGCAUUUGGGACUGCAUGUCGAGCCAACAGCUGGUCGAUUUCAUCCAUGAGCACCUAAAUACCGAGAGCAGCCUUUCUGCAGUGUGUGAAAAGGUGCUCGAUAGAUGCCUGGCUCCAUCAACAUUAGGUGGAGAAGGAUGCGACAACAUGACGAUGAUCCUAGUGCAGUUCAAGAAGCCAAUUGACCAUGGCAAGAAUGCCGGUGGUGGUGAACAAUCAGCUGUUGGGGAUAAGAAUGUAAGUGCUGGUGAACAAUCAGCGGUCGAGGAUAAGAAUGCUAGUGCUAGCGAUCAAUCAGCUGUUGAGGACAAGAAUGCUAGUGCUGGUGGACAAUCAGCUGUCGGGGACAAGAAUGCUAGUGCUGGAGGACAAUCGCCUGGUGACAUAGAACAGUCCGCGAACGAGGAGAAGAACUCGUGAUGUCAUGUCGUAGCCUGGUAAACCCUGUGUACUAAACAAUGACUUCUGAAUCCUGGUGUGAUGUAGUGAUGUUGUAGUGGGUUGAGCAUGCAUGGCGAAGAAAUUCAUGUGUAAAUAUCAACAAUGUGUUGAAUUGUUGAUACAACCAGCGGAUACCCCGCAUCAGUGAGGGGGGCAUGCUGGUUUUUUGUGCUGUUUCUCUCUGUAACCAAUCGAUUCUAUCUUUCUCUUC